UGCAAAAGGUGAUCCUCCUUAGGCGCAUGUGAUUGCGUUCCGAGACCUGCGAGCUGAAAGACCAGGCGUGAGGAGUUAAAAAAAAAUACUCUACCUGUGGAUAUAAAGGUUUGGAUUACGGAUGGAUUGUAUCGGUUUAUUGUCUUGCUGGACUGCUGGCCAUGCACAGGAGAUAUAUUUUUGCGCACACGCCGCAAUUGUUGGGCAUUGACCGGAGCGGUCAUGGAGAGACAGUAAGCUCUCUCCGAAUCAUUGUUGGAUGUCCGGAAUACCUUUUGGAUUGAAACCAUGCAAUUGUUUGGGAUCUAUGAAAAUAUAUCCUGAAAUGGAAACGAAUAUACAAAUAUAGAUGUCAAUUCGGUAACCCACGGCGUGGAAUAUUACGCACAUUUCCCUCAUGGCUUUACCAAACUCCUCGGGCUCCUCUGGAGCUGACAAGCCCAACCCCAGUCUCAUAGAUCUGGGUACAUUCUUCGUGGACUCCGAUAUCAUAUUUGGAUUUACCAGUCAUCUUCUAAGGAGAAAAGCAAAGGUGAGUGAGUGCACGCUACACUAAAUAGCUGAAACAUAGGCUGCUCAAACAUAAAAUGUAGCCCAAUCCACUCUCCCAACUACCUUGAAAAAUAGAACGUUAAUAAGUAAGUAAGUUGAUACACGAAGUGGCCAGUAAAGCCACAGACCUGGAUUUCCAGUACAUUUCAGGACCAUGAACAGCUCCCUUGAGUGUCAGCUGCGCCUUAUCUACGUUGCCAACUUCGUAGCGUGAUCACUGACUUGGAUUUCUCUUCUUUAAAAUAAUUUUAAAAAGUUUGAACCAUGUAUAGAGUAGCAGGGUGGAUGGGGCUUUGUGGUCCCGAACAUUCAAUGAUUUAAUAGACAAUAAGGCUACUGUAAUCUCUGCGCUCAUUCGCUGUUAAAGGCGCCGAGCAGUUAUAACCAAAAAUGAACACUCGUAAUCAGUACCAGCGCACGCAAGGGUCAGUAAAGGCCACAAUGACAGACUUGAUUUCCCUGUCACUGUGCAACAUUUAAUUUGAUGAUAUGAUAGAAUGAUUCAUUUCUAAAUGAAAUGAGAGUCACACAAAACUGAAGUGGGGAAUAAAUGGAAUAGCCUAUCCUGAUUCCUGAUUCCUGAGACUGUGUAACUAUCAAUUAAUAUUAGGCUACCUAUUUUUUGAAUUGUGACUCCGGCUCAUUUGUCUAUUGUGUCUGUGGUCUGAUAACCAUGGCCGUAGCUUCAGAUAAAAACAUCAUUUUCUUAUCUAUGAUAAAUUAUUCAGAGAAUUUUGUAUUUGCCUUUUGUGGUGAAUAGCUUAUGUUAUGCUGCAUGUGUAAUUACAAAAUAAACGUAUGGCAGUAUUAAAUUGGCCUCAUUCUGUUAACCCCAUAAGGACGCCUAUAAUUUGCAACCAGUUGCGCUGCCAAGCGUAAAGCCACUCAACCCAGUCGACGACACAGACAGACAGACAGACAGACAAAAGGCUGCAAUUGGGUCAUGUGAGGGUAGAAAGGAUUCUCACAACGAAGUACGAGGCUUACAUCAUCAACAUCAAAUAUUUAAAGUGUGUUAAUUAAAUAUUUAACUUGUACCCCUUAUUUUGUGAAAACCAUCCUGAAAUCUUUCUAUUUACCAGAUGAUGGCGCCAAAGUAGCAAGAACGGGACGCAUUGGCUUUAAAGCUAAGUAGGCUCUGUACUGCACCCAUUAUCUUGUCAGUGAAGCAAUGUCUGCAACUGUGUCUGCUCGCGUGACUGACAACAAGAAUGGAUAAAACCAUUGAUUACAAUAAUCUAAAAUAAAAAUCACUAUAUUUCAAAUAAUAUUACGAAAUUAAGCUAUAUGAAUAACUUAGUCAUUUUACUAGUGUAAUGCAUUGAUAAUAGAAGCCAAUACAAUGGCCAAUUUCAGCUUUAUAAAUAGCUAGCCUAAUAACCUAUAAACCUAAUACAACUCACACGUUGAAUUACCCUGUCUGAUCCAUGCACCCACGGUUAUGAUUUUAAGUGAUUUACUAUUGCGGUGUCCAAUCAUGCGCCAAAAAGUUUUUCAAAAGUUUCCCCCACCCAUUUAAAAGAGUGUGUGCCAAAACUACUCUCGGAUUGUCCCGUCAUAGCACGGAUCAAGUGCAGGACACAACCAUGGUUAGCCUAUAAUAUGUUUACUUGCUGGCAGAUUUAGAAGUGACACUUCAAUUUACAACUACGACUACUCUUCAUUGUACAAAUGAUUCUUAAUAAUUGAGUGUAUGUGAGAACCACGUCUACUAGGGAUACCCAGACCCGGGAGAAUGAACUCAUUUUGGGGAAAUGCAACUCAUGGACUGGACCCUGACAACCGCAUGUUUACUGUGGAAGGUUGUCCUUGCGGAGAGUCGCCGUUCCCUGUUGAUCUGAGUCCCAGGAAACUACUUCACUUGGCAAAGGACGCGCGGUGCAGCAGCCGGCCAUCCCCGGAGGGCGCAGGGUCCGUGACCGUCUCGGAGUCGGAGGGAAGGGAUGGAAAAGGAAGCUUUUGCCAACAAUGUCAAAUGAAUGUGACAGAGCUGAAGAGACAAGCGCUGGCCUUGACAGACCCAAGUUCACUAAAGGACCCUGGCUACGCAGCCUUCGUCUUCGACCAGCUCCAAGUGCCUGGGAGCGUUGAUGGAUGCUGCCAGGUGUGUUCUACUCCCCUCCACCAGCUGAGGCAGGAGGCCCUGCAGACAGUAGGCGCCCCAGCCCUGAUCCUGAGCCACAACAUGCCCGCUUUGCCAUCCACCACCCUCACUGGGCAGCCCCAUAGACUGACACACUCUUCCUCCAGUGCCCAUGUGAGGCAGCCCUCCAAAGCCCACCCCCAUGCCCACAAUGUCCUGCCCCUAGGGGAGAGGGGGCGCCGGGAGCUGGGCUGUCUGCAGGGCUCCUCUGUCUCUGCUGGGCCCAAGACCAGUGUCCAGGUGAUGGUUGGGGGAGGGCAGCUGACCGGGACCCUGGGAUCGGUCACCAUCCAGGCCCAGCAAUACCUGGAAGGCAUGUGGAGCAUCUCCAGAGUCAACAACUUCCUCCCUCAGUCCAGCCCGGCACAAGGUCUGAUGGAGGAGGCAGAGAGGGACAUCCCUGGCCCUACCAUGGCCCCUGUCCCCAGCUCCCGCUGUAACCUGACACCCAGCCGACAGAAUAGCCCCGUCCAGCUGGGACAGUGUGCCGUCGGCACCCCUGGCCCCACCUCCACUCAGAGCGCAUCUGCGGCGGCCUCCUUCUUCAUCAGGGCAGCUCAGAAGCUGAACCUCUCGUCCAAGCGGAAGAAGCACCAGUCUCCCUCCCUGCUGCAUUCCGGAGCCCAGCAGCCCUCCAUCUACCCCACCAACUUCAGUGGCACCCUGCAGCUCUCACCGCCCCCCGCCCCACCAUGCCUGCUUCACGCCGUCUCAAAGGUCAAGGAGAACCCCGGGAUAGGAAAGGUGAAAGUGAUGAUGCGUAUCUGCCCCUCCCUGGAGGCUCCUGAUUCGUCCGAGUCCAUGUCCUUCCUGAAGGUGGACCCCAGGAAGAAGCAGUUGACCCUUUACGACCCCUCAGUCAACGACCACACCAAUUCAGGGCACAGGAGAGCCACCGUGGCCAUCCCAAAGAUCUUCGCUUUCGACGCAGUGUUUACCCAAGAUGCCUCUCAAGCGGAGGUGUGCUCAGGGACGGUGUCUGAGGUCAUCCAGUCCGUGGUGAAUGGUGCGGACGGCUGCAUCUUCUGCUUCGGCCACGUCAGGCUUGGCAAGACGUUCACCAUGAUUGGCAAAGACGGCUCCACCCAGAGCCUGGGCAUUGUGCCCUGCGCCAUAUCCUGGCUCUUCAAGCUCAUCAAUGAGCGCAAGGAAAAGACGGGCACGCGUUUCUCUGUCCGCGUGUCUGCCGUGGAGAUCUGUGGGAAGGACGAGGCUCUGAAGGACCUCCUGUCUGAGGUGUCCAUAGGAAGCCUGCAGGAUGGACAGUCCCCAGGGGUCUACCUGCGUGAGGACCCCAUCUGUGGCACUCAACUCCAGAACCAGAGCGAGCUCCGCGCCCCCACGGCAGAGAAGGCAGCCUUCUUCCUGGACGCAGCCAUCGCAGCACGCAGCACCAGCAGGCCAGACACAGAUGAAGAGGAGAGACGCAACUCUCAUAUGCUGUUCACACUGCACAUCUACCAGUACCGCAUGGAGAAGAGCGGCAAGGGAGGCAUGUCGGGCGGACGGAGCAGGCUGCACCUUAUAGACCUGGGGAGCUGUGAGAAGGUGCUAAGUAAGAGCAGAGACGGAGGGGGAGGCCUGUGUCUGUCUCUCACCGCGCUGGGCAAUGUUAUCAUGGCUUUAGCCAAUGGAGCCAAGCAUGUACCUUACAGGGACAGCAAACUGACGAUGCUGCUGAGAGAGUCGCUGGGGAACAUUAACUGCAGAACCACCAUGAUCGCCCACAUCUCUGACUCCUCUGCUAACUACGCUGACUCCCUCACCACCAUCCAGCUGGCCUCACGCAUCCACCGCAUGAGGAAGAAGAAGUCCAAGUAUGCAUCCAGCUCCUCUGGAGGGGAGAGUUCCUGCGAGGAGGGGAGGAUCCGUCGGCCGCCCCACCUCAGACCCUUCCACCCCCGGACGGUAGCCCUGGACCCGGACUUGCCCUCCCUGCUCAGCGACCCAGACUACUCUUCCAGCAGUGAGCAAUCCUGCGACACCGUCAUCUACGUGGGUCCGGGCGGCGCCGCCAUCUCUGAUAGGGAGCUUAGUGACAACGAGGGCCCCCCUGCCUUCGUUCCAAUCAUCCCCUCUCUGAACAGGAAGCGUUCUGGGAAAGAGGGCCCCCUGGACAGAGACCACUUCUUCAUGUGCAACACGUUUGCUGAGCUGCAGGAACGCCUGGAAUGUAUUGACGGCAGCGAGGAGCCUACAGCGUUCGUUGGAGAGGGUAGGGGAAGUCAGGCUAGCCCACAGAUAGACAGCAAGGCAAAGGAAGGCCCUGGCUCAGCUUCCCUAAAGACUGUAACUAAAGCCUCCUUCUCCCAGGAGAAUAUCUCACCCAAACUUCCUCCUAAAUCUGUAGCCACUCCGCCAUCCAGCAGCCCCCAGGAAAGCCCCUCAAAAUCUAAACUGGAACAUUCCAGAGGGGUUUCAGAGAGUGUGUGCAGAACGAGUGCUGAUGGUGAGAAGGUGAUGAUGUCAGAGAGCCGGGCUAGCCCAAUCGAACAGGAUGUGGCCACGGUGCCAGCCUCUGAGCCAGUGGUGCGGGAGAAGGUCUACUUCAACAAGAAGCCCUUACCCAAGCCUGCUCCCCCUCCCCCACAGCAGAGAGACUCACGCAGAGGCAACGGAGAGGCAGAGGAGAGGUCCACCACUAGAAUGCCGCCCGUGGGAAUGAGCCAUCAGACUGGGAAACGGGGGGAGUCUGAGGACUCCCCUUUUCUUGGUAGAGCCCAGACCAGGGGACCAGUAGAAGUGUGCCAGCAACGCUCCACCCUGAGAGAGAGGUGCCUGGACAGGGACAUCCUCCGGGCUACGGUGACCCUGCAGCAGCCUGUAGAGCUGAACGGAGAGGAUGAGUUGGUGUUCACUGUGGUGGAGGAGCUGUCCAUUGGCAGCAUCAUAGACAACGGUCGGCCCUCCAGCAUCAUCAGCUUCAACAGCGACUGCUCCCUGCAGGCCCUGGCCUCCGGCUCCCGGCCUGUCAGCAUCAUCAGCAGCAUCAACGAUGAGUUUGACGCCUACACGUCAGCUGUGGGGAGUGCAGUCAACAUUGAGGUGCAUACCCCCUCACAGGAUGACGCAUUUGUGUGUGUGGGCAGCAGGGGCUCGUCCAUCAGCUCCUGGCUCAGUGAGGUCAGCGUCUGUACUCUGGAGAGUGAAGGGGCCCACUCGGCAGACGUCUUCCUCCCACAGACUAAGCACAUCGGCCCAGAAGGCACCUUGUAUCUGGAUUCCAUGGGUAUGUUUCACUGUGAAUCAUCCCCAAGGGACACCAAGAACUCCCUGAAUGACAGCGGCUUUAGCUUUUCUGAACUGGACAGUGACAGCGCAGCGUCUAGCAAACUGUCCCUGACAAAGUGCCCUCCGUCUCCCGACUUAACCAAAGGAUCCCUCAGAUUCCCAUUCAAAACAGCGAAAGUGAACUUUCUCAGUUCCUCUUCACAACCCUCCCAGGGCCCUUACAUAGUCCACUCCAGUCUUCCCAGGAAAAUUAAACCUACCUCAUCCAUCACCCAUAGUAACAGCAACAGCAGCAGUCAUGAACCACAGAGACAGGAAGUCAAGCAGGAGGACCCCUGGCAGCGCAUUGACAACCACUAUGAACCUCAGCUCCCAGUCCCCAGUGCCACUGCCACAAGCAAGCUCCCCAGAACCCCAGUGAGCGGCAUUCCCUGCCGAAAAGCUGGUGUUUUCAACAGCAACAGCGUACCUCGCCAGCCCAAGGUGCAGGGCUCUACCUCAGCCCAGAGGGUGGUGGACGGCUGUGAGAAGUCGCCCAGCAAGAAAGCAGGGUCCCCAAGCAAGAUGCCUCAGCUCAGACGAGGGGCCACCACCCUAGGCACUGUGCCUGUCAUCCAUGCCUCUCCGGAGACCAAGGUCACCACCCAGGACAUCACAGCUACAACCAACAGUCUCAAGUUUUCCUCUCUGGGGAAAAAUGGGAAGACCAAUGGGCAGAAAGCCAGCAUGCUCCCCAAACCUGGUGGUAACUCACCUCCCCUCCCCCCAGUGCGCAAAUCCAGUCUGGAUCAGAAGAACAAGACCCUGCUGCACCAAAGUGCCUUAAAGUCUGCGUAUGGAGAAGCAGGGAGGCCCUUACUCACCAGGGGGACAGUGUCAGAGGAUGAGCUAGAGGUCCGCUGCAGAGGAGACUCCAACAGCCUCAAAACAUCCAGCCUCAAGGGUGACUACACCUCGGCCAAAGCCACAUCCAGCCUGAAGGCCAGAGGGGAUGCUGGACAGAAGCAUUACGGCAGUCAGACGUCUCUGGAGAGAUGUGACAGCAUGUCCAUGGUGGGCUCCAAACCCACCCUCAGCCGAGAGAACAGUGGGGCCAGCCUGGGCAGCAGCAUAUCCAGCAGGCCAAUUCCCAGAUUUGGUUUACCCAUCUCAAGCAGCUCUGCCAUUGCUACCUCCCCACCUUCCCCAUGUUGCACCACAGGUGCUCUAGGUAAACCUGGGCAGGUCAAAGGUAGUGUUAACCCCAGAGCGUUAGGAGCGGUCAAUGGAAGUAAGGCCCGUUUAUUGUCAGCGAGCAACUCUAAAGGCCUGAGCUCCUCCACCAAGUCUCUGGCAGCUCCAGCCACCAGGAACAUAAAUGCCAACCUCCCCCCAACUGGUAAGACCUCUGCCCCUCGGGCCACCGCAGCCGUCAACAGCAAGCCUGGCCGGGGCACCAUCAUGGGCACCAGGCAGGCCAUGCGGGCAGCCAACAGCCGGGUCAGUGAGCUGGCAUCAGGCAGCACAUCCUGCAAACACCUGAGGGGCUCAGGGGACUCUGAUAGUGGUAAUGACAGUGGGGUGAACCUGAGUGAUGACAAGUCCCCUGUGGCCAUGCUGCCCUCACCCUACAGUAAGAUCACAGCCCCCAGGAGGCCGCAGCGCUACAGCAGUGGACACGGCAGUGACAACAGCAGUGUUCUGAGUGGAGAGUUGCCCCCAGCCAUGGGCCGAACAGCCCUCUUCUACCACAGCGGGGGCAGCAGUGGUUAUGAGAGCAUGAUCCGUGACAGCGAGGCCACAGGCAGUGCAUCCUCUGCACACGACUCCAUGAGCGAGAGUGGGAUGUCUUCCUCAGGCCGCCCCAGGACCUCAAAGUCCCCGAAGAAACGCAAUGGGCUCCAGCGACGGCGGCUCAUCCCGGCCCCCCUGCCAGACACCUCAUCCCUGGGGAAGAAGACUGGCACAGCUGGCCAGUGGGUGGAUCUGCCGCCCAUGUCAGGAGCACUAAAGGAGCCCUUUGAGAUUAAGGUGUAUGAGAUUGAUGAUGUGGAACGGCUCCAGAGGAGGCGUCAGGAGGACUCAGCCGAGCCAUUCCUAGAUGUUGAGAAGGGGCUGCUGUACUUCAACAGUAAGCUGAAGGUUCUGGAGCGGCGGCAUCAGCAGAUCAGGGAGCUGAAGGUCAAACACGAGACACUGAAGGAAGAGCUAGAGGACACCAAGACCCGGUUGAUGAUGGACCCUUGCAAGUGGAUAGGAGAGUUUGAGGUGGACCAGGAUUUGGACAAGGAGUCCCAGGAGUACCUGGAGGCCCUGAGUCAGGUCACAGAGGAGCUGGAUUUCUGUGUCAACAUAUGCAAGUCACGUGUCAUGAUGGUGACGUGCUUCGACAUCAGUGUGGCAUCACCGCCUGACACUCAAGAGGGACUUCGAGAAGUGGAAGUCUGAGAAGGUGCGAAAUGAGAGAUGGAGAAUCCAGAAAGUGAGAAAGGAAUGAUGAUGAAAUGUAGCAGCCAGUUCAUAUUGCUGGAAUGAAGUGACAAGAAAAACUAAAAGACAAAAGAUGAGACAAACAGGACGAGGGUCUUUGCAUGAAGACAGAGGAGAUCUGAACCGACUUAUCUACAGUGCCUCGUUGUUCUGGACAUGUUCUUGUUGGAAUGGGAGAGAAACGUGUGCACAGACAACAACGGGGUCUGUGUUUCCUGCAUGAUGAGAGAGAGGCCAUCAUUUACCCAAGAGUCAUUCAACGACAACCAGAAGUGCCUUUUUCACUCAACUUAUUUUGAGUCAUAAUUUUUUGUAUGGUGCUAGUAUCAUA